AUGCCUCGACAAAUGCCCCGGCGGACUCCCGCAGCUCCUCCUCCGCCCUCAACGCCUGCAACGACGGCUUUCCAGCAACAACCCCCGCCAGUGCCUGUGUUCGCGACGCCCCGGGGUUUCGCACAGAACGUCGAUGAGUUCACUGGUGGCGAUCCUGAACGGCGAGUAGGGCAGCAGCAACAACAACAGCAUCGGUUAAAUCAACUUGCACGAACAGGAUUUGAGGUCGCCGCUGCUGCUGCAGCUAUGCCGGACAUUGGCGACGAGACCGAUGUCGAGAACGACCGCUCUGACGAUGAAAUUAGAGUCAUUGAUUUCGACGCGUUAGGCGAAGCUCGGGAUGGCGAUGCAGAGGAGGAUGACGUGGAUGGGGAUUUAGAAGAUGAUGAGUACGUGGAGGGCGACGACGAGAAUGAAGAAAUGCGGCGACAACAAAAGUCCCCAUCUCCCCUCCCACCAGACCUUCGCGAGAUAUCUUCUCUAGCAUCAUGGACCGUAUCAACACAUAAACCCGGCUGUGGAGUUGCAGCACUACGAAAUCCAUCGCCGCAGCAAUUCUGGCAAUCAGACGGUCCGCAACCUCACACGCUUACUUUGCAUUUCUUUAAACUUGUCGCUAUUGUCAAGAUGCGCGUAUACCUUGACUUCGACCUAGAUGAGAGCUAUACGCCUACUAAGAUGCUCUUUUUCGCCGGCAUGGGCGGCAAUGAUCUGGUUGAGUUUGCGGUCUGGGAAGGCGAGACCCCUUGUGGAUGGGUCAAUAUACCGCUUGAAGGAGUCGGAGGCCAUAAUAGGAAGAGAGAACACGGCGUUCGAAACAAUCGCCGUCAAACACAACGUGCGUGGCCGUCAAAGGGGGCUGCGUUGCCGAAUGGAUCGGGUAUAGGAGACGAUGACAACGACAACGACAUGGACGAUGACGAUGACAAUGACGAUGAUUAUAACGACUUAGAUGACCCUUAUUCAGGAAACGUUUUGAAGGCAAUGGUCGUCCAAGUGCGCAUCUGCGAGAACCAUCAAAACGGCAAAGAUACGCAUGUGCGAGGAUUCCAGGUGUUUGCGCACGAUGAUGAUCGACGUCGUGUAGCUGCUGCUGCUUCUGGUCAGCCAGAGCACAAGCGACAAAGCAUACACAAGUCUCAUAACGGAGUUGAUCCUGUAGUUGAGGGGCUUGCAGACAAGAUACAUGGCCCUGAUGAGCCAGAUUGGAUGGGUGAGCCAGUUAUUCGAUGA